AUGGCGAUGCUGGUACGAUUCGCCUCCGUUGGAGGAGUCUUCCCAGCCCUCCCUGCCAGCAUCUUUCUGUGCUGGAUAGGACUAACUCCCAGUGCUUUUGAGGGGAGACAGGGGCUGCUUUCAAUUACCUGGUGGUCUUCUCUGGCAGGCAUCACCCAGAGAUGCACCGCUAUCAAGUACCACUUCUCCCCGCCGAUACGCUUGCGCAACGUCCCCUUCAACCUGACGAAGGCGAUCCAGCAAGAUGAAUGGCAUCUGCUCCACCUGAGAAGAAUCACAGCUGGUUUCCUGGGCAUGGCUGCAGCAGUUCUUCUCUGCAGGUGUAUCGUAGCAGCAGUCAGCUUUUUUGGGGAAGAAAGCCUCACCCAGCACGUUGCAGGCCUUCUGAUCCUUAUGACACGAAUAUUUUGCACUACAUCUCUGUGCGCUUAUGCGGCCAGCAUAUCAUACGAUCUAAACCGCCUCCCCAAAUUCAACUACAGUCUUCCUGAUGAUGUAGAACAUGGAUACGGCUGGUCUAUAUUUUGUGCUUGGUGCAGUUUGGGAUUUACAGUAGCAGCUGGGUGUCUUUGCACAGCUUACCCGUUUGUCAGCAGAAGCAAGAUUAUGCAGCUGAAGUCCGCCAGAGAUUCCUCCGUAUGACUGCCCGCCCUUCGCCAGCAUGGCUCAGUGAUGGCUGAACGGUAUUUUUCAGGACUUACUAAAAGAAAUAGAAGCAAAAACUAAAUUCAGCAUUCCAAGCACAAAAACUUGAUUCUUCAAAAUCUGACUGUCAUGUUUUGCCAGCCCAGCAAACUGUUCUCCCAUGCUGCCCAGCAGACAGAUGGGAAAAGGAGACAGCUCUCAGGACAGAAUCAGCUGUUUCAGUUCAAUAUGCUACGCGGGCAUAAAGGAAGAUACUUGCACUGGAUGGCUAAAGGAGGGGGGAGGAAAGUCACUGCAAGAAUUUAGGGUUAUUUCUAUUUUUCAAGUGUCUGUGCAUAAAGAAACCAAGGAAAGUUAUUGCUGCCAAAUGAAUGCUAGUUAGAAUUAUCCCCCCUUCCCUAGAGCAUCAUGCAUAAUGUUUUAAUUCAGCGCCUUUCGCACUUGACCUUAAAGGAAGGUUUUGCCCCUGCCACUGCUCGAACAGACCCUUCUUUUUAAAAAUCAGCGUGCGUCUUCUUGCAUAUCCAGAGCAAGUGUUUGCUGUAACAAUACUCCAGCUUGGUUCCCUUUUGUACCUGAAGUUCCCGUGUAAUUUGUAAGUGACCAGGAUUUCCAUUCUGAGCACCUGAGCUGCACUGUGAGAAGGAUUAAGUGACUCCUACAGGCCUCCAAGGCGGCCUCUUGGAUAUGAGAACAUUAGCCUCUUUGUUAAGCGAUGAGGUUUGUAGUAAAAUACCUGCCUCUGUCAAAAGCAUUUGUGUCGACUGCAAUUUCAUGGCUUGGAACUGGGCUCUUCUGCAAAGCAGAGGAAGUUCAUAAACCAAGAGGGUCAUAGCCUGGAUAGCGCUUACAUCAGCGGUAGUUGUGCGACAACGCGGCAUGCUAAGGUUAGAGCCCCAGGGAACCUCUCCUCUCUGGGCUAAGGAGCUACCCAUGAAAACAGGAUGGGAGGGAAGGAACGGGGAACAACGCUUUGCAUUUUCCAUUGCUUAAUUGAAGUGACAUGCAAGUUAACAGAUCACAGUGACAAGCCAAUCCAUCAGACAGCACUCAAACUGACAGUGCCAGCCCACAGUUAAGAAACUUCAGUGCCAUGUCGAUGCAUCUGUCCUAACUCACCCAAACUCACCCUCUUCUGCCACCACCUAACUCGGUAUCGUCCUCAAAGCAUGGCAUCCGUGCGUUCAUUGUCAGAGCAGAGCUUCACACCUGCUGAGCACAAGGACAGAGCUUGGCCGGAAGAUCCAGGAAGCACAGCCUGCUUUGCAGAGGAGCAGACCAGACACUGCUGAAGCAGCAGAGCCACUGGAGAAGCUGUUUCAGCAAUUAAGGUUGCAUGGUACAAGAUAAACGUGAACGCUGGCAUGGUGAGGGAGAAGUUCAGGUACAGACCAUUGUGAGCAAAGGACUGGGAAAAGAAGGGAGAAGUGGGAGAAAGGAAGGCUGAUUGAAAAACAAAGGGAUGGGAGAGGAAGGAAGAUGGGAGGCAAGGAUGGUGGAACAGAAGUAUCAUGGCUUAAGGCAAUAACUGUCAAUUAAAUGAAAGCAGGGGGGGAAAAAAAAAAAA